CCGUAAGUCCCAAAGAAGCAAAAAGAAUAAUAAAAGCGGCACAAGACGGGGGACAAAGACGGAAGAAAGCGAGGAGUCUGGAACACGAAACGAAGAUGUGUGAUGGCACUUAUGAUGAUUGGAAUUGA